CCAGCGUGCAGGGAGACGUGGACUUGAGUGCGAAGGCGCUUCCGACCCCGCGGCGGAAGCGGAAGUGCCGCUCCUCGGAAAGGUGGCGGAUCUGCCCAGACCGGCUCCACGAUGUCCAAGGUUUCCUUUAAGAUCACGCUGACGUCCGACCCGCGGCUGCCGUACAAAGUACUCAGUGUUCCUGAAAGUACACCUUUCACAGCCGUCCUAAAGUUUGCAGCAGAAGAAUUUAAAGUUCCUGCGGCCACGAGUGCCAUUAUUACAAACGAUGGCAUCGGAAUAAACCCCGCGCAGACCGCUGGCAACGUUUUUCUAAAGCAUGGCUCAGAGCUGCGAAUCAUUCCUAGAGACCGCGUCGGAAGUUGCUGAUGCCCCCCUCCGCUUGGAAGAUAGGAUUGCCUUUCAGAGGAGUCCUGGUGUUGUUGCGAGCUGAAACAGGCAUGUGAAACGCUGUGCAAACCCCGACGGCUGACGACGCAAUGAGAGGCCGCCCUCUGCCCCUUCCCGCCGCUGCCGCUCCUCGCGGAAGGAGGGGCCCGUCCGCGCCCAAGGUCUUGCCUCUCGUGCGUCUCCUUCCUUUGGGGGAGAGGACUCCCACUGUGUUUAUUUUACUGGAGGAUGCUUCCGAUGAUUCCCUCCGAGGACACUUGGACGAUUAAAUUUAUUGAACCUUCCUGUUUGUCUCUAAGUUAAAGCUGUAAAAAGAUCAUGGAUCAUACGUGGCAGGUUGCUGGGCAGGAUCUGACUUGCAGGCUCACCAUACGCGGUUGAAUUCUUAAGCGUAUACCGAGUACAGUAAAGGAUGCAAACGUAUCGGUGAACACCUAACUGCCUUCCCUGUUUGUCAUUUAGGUGUGUUUUAAGUUUCAGGCCCCGUGUGUUCGUAUAAAUGGUGAUUUAAGAGCAGGGCCCACGGUCACUCGUGUCCGAUCCACCCUCGUUUCGGCGUGUGAACUGAUGCCCCGCACCGGAGUCCCGAGUCUGGUCGUGGAGAGCCCGGCGCUUGCAACGGUGAGAACCGGAGCGAAGCGGCAGUGCCCUCGCCGAGCCCUGCGUUCCUUUACCUGAGUCUUCCGGUCCGAGCCCAGAGCAGGGGUUCCCGGGGGCACGGUCUAAGGCGCCUUCAGGAGGGGCCACAAAGAAGACCGGGAGCGCCCAGCAGAGCUCCAACAAAGGCCCGUGGUCGGUCGAGGGGGAGUGAAGAUGGGCCCGUGGGGGAGGGGUGGGGAGGGGAGGCCUUGCCCUCCCGGAGCUUCGGGAUUCCCUGUCCGAGAGCCUGGGCGGGGCGGGCAGAGCGCCUCGGGUCUCCCCGGACUCCAGCCGGGAAGGGGCGGUGUGCGGUGACUGGGGCCCGGUGCUCCACCCACUGGGCGGCAGCGGCGGACCCCGGACCCUGGGGAGCGCCUCCUGCGGGCCCUGGCCCCGGGACGUGCAGUCAGCUCCCGGCGAGUCCUCGCGGGUUCUCGGGACUGAAGCGUCACGUGGGCCAGAGUCACGUGGGCACGCUCCGCCCCGCCCCAGGGGCGGUCCUCGGCUCCCCGGGGCAGAGGGCAGGGAAACGUGAGGAAGCCCGAGUGAGACGUGGGUGGCUGGGCGUGAGCAGCUGCGCAGACGCUGUUGGUGUUGGUACACGAGCACCGGGACUCGGGGUUGCGAGGGGACAGUCUUUGCUGGCUUAGAAAAGGACACUUCCGAUGCUGGGGCGAGUUCUUAGGUUCAUACACAAAGUCUGACGCUCAGAUGCCUGUGGUCCUUCCCAGUACUGACCUCGGUCGGCCAGCAGCAUGUGAAUGCCCCUGCCCCGGUUUUUUUGUUUCAUUUGGAUCCCCCCGUCUCCAGCACAGAAUCUGCCUGCUGCCACAUGAACAAGUUUACGCUGUCCUGUGCCGUCAAGUAAUUUACUAUUUUUCUUCUUUGAUUUUGAAAAUUUUACUGUAAUAAGUUCUUAAAAGCGUUUCCUUGAAGAAUUAGACAUUCUGUUGUUGAAUAAACGUGACCUGUAAGUUCUUCAUG